AUGCAUCUCAAAGCUAAUAAGCAAGCAGAGAAGUCACUGGGUGGUGGAUGGAGAUUUUUCCAACAAAAAUCCAAACUCCAAAAGGCCUCUUACUACGAGGAGGUUAAAUCGUGGGCAAAUGCCGGGGCAGCAUACAUCAAAUAUGCACACUGCAGAAAAUCGAAGACUACUACUAGUACUGACGGCGAUUAUGAAGCCGCAUUGCGUUAUGUUGAUGCUGCACAAUGCUACAAGAAAGAGGCCAUUGCUUGCUUAGAACAGGCAGCAACUUCCUUUUGUGAAAUGGGAUUGAAUGGUUCUGCUGCUCUACAUUAUCAAGAAAUUGCGGAAAUGUACGAAUCUCUUCUUGACUUUGAGAAGGCUGAAGAGUUCUUUGGAAGGGCAGCUGAGUUGUUCACAGAACCGAUGAGUCGUGACCGCAGCAAAAGGAGAGCUGCUGGAUGUGCUAAUCGGAUUACUGAAUGA